AUGCUUCUUCUACCACUUCUCUCGGCCAUCACCCUCGCGGUAGCCAGCCCUGUAGCUCUCGACGACUACGUCAACUCCCUCGAGGAGCGAGCUGUUAGUGUCACCACAACCAACUUCAACAAUUUCAAGUUUUACAUCCAACACGGCGCCGCAGCUUACUGCAACUCUGAGGCCGCAGCUGGCUCAAAGAUCACCUGCUCCAACAAUGGCUGUCCAACCGUUCAGGGCAACGGAGCUACCAUCGUGACAUCUUUCGUUGGCUCCAAGACAGGUAUCGGUGGCUACGUCGCGACAGACCCUGCCCGAAAGGAAAUCGUCGUCUCCUUCCGCGGAAGCAUCAACAUUCGAAACUGGCUUACCAACCUCGACUUUGGCCAGGAAGAUUGCAGUCUCGUCUCUGGAUGUGGUGUACACUCUGGCUUCCAGCGAGCCUGGAAUGAGAUCUCAUCCCAAGCAACCGCUGCUGUUGCCUCCGCUCGCAAGGCGAACCCUUCUUUCAAGGUCAUCUCUACAGGCCAUUCCCUCGGAGGUGCUGUAGCCGUUCUUGCUGCCGCAAACUUGAGAGUCGGUGGAACACCCGUCGAUAUCUACACCUACGGUUCUCCCCGUGUCGGAAACGCACAGCUCUCAUCCUUCGUCUCAAACCAGGCUGGUGGAGAGUACCGCGUUACACACGCCGAUGACCCCGUCCCUCGUCUCCCUCCUCUGAUCUUCGGAUACAGACACACAACUCCUGAGUUCUGGCUGUCCGGCGGCGGAGGCGACAAGGUUGACUACACUAUCAACGAUGUCAAGGUCUGUGAGGGUGCUGCCAACCUUGGAUGCAAUGGUGGAACUCUUGGCUUGGACAUUGCUGCUCAUCUGCAUUACUUCCAGGCGACUGACGCCUGUAACGCUGGCGGAUUCUCUUGGCGACGAUACAGAAGCGCCGACAGCCUCGACAAGAGGGCCACCAUGACUGAUGCCGAGCUUGAGAAGAAGCUGAACUCUUAUGUCCAGAUGGAUAAGGAGUAUGUUAAGAAUAACCAGGCCCGCUCUUAACAGGGGUAUGAGGUUUAAUGGGAAAUGACAUGAUUCAUGAACGAAACCAUAGUACAUAUGAUGCAAAUAGGA